AUGGAAUCCGUGGUUGCAACGCUAUCAAAAUAUUCUGAAAUGUCCACAAAGAAAGGCUACCAAAAUGGUCAAAGGACUGCAUUCCAAGAGUUAUGCGGAAAGGCUGGAAUCACUGCAACUGUACUCCACACAGUACCACCGCAUUCGAGGAGACUUGAUCUUGGUAUACCAAAUAAUGCAGAACUCAGACCGUCCAUGUCGUCCACUCUUUUCCUUGUCGCCCAACAUUCACCUGCGGGGGCACUCAUUCAAAUUAGUGGUCCAAAAAGUCCGACCAGAAGGCCGGCGUCAUUCAUUCGCACUCAGAGUGUGCAUUACUUGGAAUUCUCUACCAUCUUACGUUGUCGCUGCGCCACAAUUGAUUCAUUCAAGCACAAUCUGGAUGAAGCUUUGAAAAGUCUCAAAUUUCGACAUUCGUAUAAGCUCACGAAACAAGGACAAAUUGUGACAUUCAUCUAA